AUGAGAUCGCUGCCCCGACGGCCACGGCUCGCGGUUGUCCUCGCCUGUUCGGGGAUCACUCUUCUCACCACAGACCUCCUGGCAUUGCUGCUUCUCUCGUUCCUAAGGACUCCGCCUCAGCAGUGUCGGGGCCACCUCCCUUUCCGUGAUGCCAUAAAUAAACAGCAUCCUGCCGGAGGACACACUAUAGCUGGAGAUUUUAAUCAGGCAGACCUAAAAACAGCACUUCCACACUUCUUCCAGCAUGUCAAAUGCCUGACCAGAGGGGAUAACACACUCGAUCGUGUGUACAUCAACAUGCAAACAGAGCCAUUCCUCCACCCCCCAGAUGAGGAAACGAUCGCACUUCAGUCGGAACUGGAGGCUGUGGAGAAGCAGAUCCAGGAUCUACUAGAGAAGCAGACACGCCUGCGAGAACGAAAAACGGCGCUGGAAACAUCCAGAGCUGAUGCUCGCAAAUCCACGGUAAGUUUUCAUCGCGAUUUUAAUACUCCUUCCACUUCUACUCCGCGUGUUUCUCUGCACAGAGCCCAGGUUUCGAGAACACGGUCAGCCCAAAUGAACUUCACUCCUGCACCGGCACACCCACGGCGAAAGGCGCGAGCCAGGACUGGAGCGAUGACCCAACCGCCGCCACCGGUCUUCGAGAUCCCGACCAGGAACCGCUUUGCCGCCCUCUGCGAGACGGAAUGCAACGCUGUGGUCAUCGGAGACUCAAUCGUCCGGAACGUACGCGCUUCCUCCACUAAAGGUAAGGUGCGCACUCAUUGUUUUCCUGGCGCCCGUGUUCUUGAUGUCUCUGCGCAGGUACCUGCGAUCCUGAAGGACGAUGCUAACGUCGGAGCUGUCGUGCUGCACGCGGGGGUGAAUGACGUCAGGAUGAGGCAGUCGGAGAUCCUGAAGAGGGACUUCAGGAGUCUGAUCGAGACGGUACGCAACGCAUCGCCCACGGCGAGGAUCAUCGUAUCAGGGCCGCUUCCUACCUACCGACGAGGGAAUGAAAAGUUCAGUAGACUAUUUGCUCUAAAUAAAUGGUUGAUGUCAUGGUGUAUUGAACAGAAGCUGCUCUUUGUUAAUAAUUUUGAUCUGUUCUGGGAGCGACCUAGGCUCUUCCGCCCUGACGGCCUGCACCCCAGCAGCAUCGGAGCGGUUCUUCUGUCUGACAACAUCUCAAAGACGCUACGCACCGCUUGACUACGUCUCCCAGCGGGAGAGAUUCCGCCAGGCCCAGAUGAACGUCAUAUGCCCAUCCACAACUAGAGAUUACGCCAGCUACAUCGGAAAAUCCCGUGCCAUCCUCCUGCGAGAGCCUGCGGACUGACUGACCAUCCAACUCCAUCCAAGGCAAUUCCAUCACCACCCAAGAAAAAGGCGACCAUCUGGCCGGCCCAGCUCAGACAAUUCCAUCCCCAACCGAGAGCAAAGACGGACUACCUGUCACAUAAAUGCUAAAUUUACAAUACUUGGUAUUUAAUGCUAAACUUACAUCACACGACAGCAGUUUGAAGUUAUGGCUGCACUCAGUGACUUUGAUUGGAGGUAGCUGGGUGGGUGUUGUAGGGAGUGGGGGGGGCUUGUUGGUUGUGGUUCGGGGCGUUUCAUUUGUUGGGACUGUGUGGGUCUGGUCUGGUUGGUCUUGUUUUGUGGUCGAUGUCGGACAACAGAGGAAUAAAGUUAAUUAUGCCAUUACUACUUUUCCCUGGUUGUUCCUCUGUUGUCUGUUGUUGAUCGCGGAAUGGGACCGGGUUGGACCUGCACGGUUUCGGCGGGUGGGGCUUCCUGGGUCGCGGCUCGUGGGCUCUCCCUGUUCUUCGUGGACGUUGCUCGGUGGCUUUGGUCGGGGUCACUGAGUGCAGCUAUGACACGUCAGAGGAGAUCUGGCCCUCCCGGCUGAGCCUGGUUUCUCCCGAGGUUUUUUUUUCUCCAUUAUUCAGCAUUGGAGUUUGGGUUCCUCGCCACAGCAGAGCAGUGCAGUGUUGGCUUGCUCACCGGGAGACUGCAUUUAUUUAUUUAUUUACUCAUUUAUUUAUUAGAUAUUAUUUAUUAAUGAUCUUGCUUGGUCUAUAAACACCAUGCACUGUGCUGUGUUUUACCUUUCUGUGUUUUUCUUAUUUGCUCCUGUAAAGCUGCUUUGGAACAAUGCACAUUUUGAAAAGCGCUAUAUAAAUAAUAUUGAAUUGAAUUUUACUUAAUUUAUCUCAUUUAUUACAUUGUUCAUUUAUCAUAUGUAUUAAUUAAUUUAUUUUAUUAUUCACUUUUAUUCAUAUUAUUUGUUACAUUUCGUCCUUACUUUCAAUAUUGUUUAACCUCGUUGGGAGUUGUAUUGUCUCUUAUGCUGAUAUGAGUUUCCAAUGGUCUCCAUCUCAAGGUUCAUAAUAACGUCAGGAGACAAUGUUUUGAUACUGUAAUCUUGCAUGUUUAACAACACCUAUUGAAUCUGUUUCUAGUCAGACGAAGUUUGACAGAGCUAGACUGAGCAUUAAAGCACAACUGAGAUUAUUCAA